UGACAGUAUACAGUAUUUUUCAAUUACUUGAAUACUUUCUGUUACACUCCUCGCACAACAUGGACUCAAUUCAAUGGCCAAGAAAUCAGGCAAGAACUUACACUUUAGACUUCUAAAGACGGCAAUAUUCGCACCUUUGAGUUUCUUUCAUACGACUGAUUCUGGAUCUAUUACUAACAAAUUCUCACAAGAUAUUUUGCUUAUCCAUACAGAGCUUCCAAAUGCGCUAAUGAAUAUAGCUGCUUUGAUCUUUAUGAUGAUUGGACAGGCAAUAAUAAUUACCGUUGCAUCGCCAUACCUAGCUAUUUCGUAUCCCGUUUUAUUUGCCAUUCUUUAUUAUAUUCAGAAAUUUUACCUCCGAACUUCCUAUCAACUUCGUUCACUGGAAUUAGAUGCAAAGUCGCCAUGUAGUAAGUCUUCCUAGUUGAUUUUCAAGCGACGCCUUGAUACUGUCAUUACCAAGUAUCAGAUGUUAAUGACGAAUGAUUAUAGUAAACAUUUCCUCGAAACUCUGCGUGGACUUCGAACAAUAGGAGCUUUUAACUGGACUUCAAUCAACCAGGAAGUCAAUUCAAAGCUUCUAGAUACAUCUCAAAGCCCGGUAUACCUUCUCUUCAUGGUUCAACAAUGGUUAGCCGUCAUUUUGAACCUGGUCACUACAGCCAUCGUAAUGAUUUUAGUCAGUGUUGCAAAUGUCACUCGCUCUCAUCAAGGUUAUAUUGGUCUGGCGCUCGUUAACUGAUGUCGUUCAAUACUAUUCUAAAACAAAUCGUGGUACUUUGGGCCACGCUAGAAACUUCCAUCGGUAGCGUCUCGAGAAUUAAAACGUUUGGUGAAACAACAGAGUCUGAGGGUGAGACUUUGUCUCAAGAAAUGAUAAUUCCGAGUGAGGAUUGGCCACAAAAUGGCAGUGUUGAGUUUGAAAAUGCAUUGGCUACUUACAAUUCAGUUACCCCUUUCCAUAGCGAUGGCAUUAAUGAAGUUAUGAAGUCAUUAUGUUCAUAUUAAACUAAAAACCCGUAGUCCAAAUAGCAACCCAGUAUUAAAAAAUGUAGAACUAUCCAUCAAGCCCGGAGAAAAAGUUGGAAUCUGUGGAAAAAGUGGCAGGUAAGUAAACAUUUCAUCUAAUAUAAACAUAUAAAUCCUAACCCACAGAACCAAUGUGGCAAAAGUUCCCUCAUCCUAACCUUAUUCCGUAUACUCGAUCUAUCACAAUGCAGCAUCACCAUCGAAAAUAUAGCCAUCAGUCAUCUCCCGCGAGAAAAAGUCCGCACCCAUCUAAACGCUAUACCACAAGAACCAUUUUUCCUCAAAGAAACAUUCCGGGGAAUCUCGAUCCGCACCAAGUCUCCAACGACGCAUCUCUAAUGAAAGCAUUAAAAAUGGUACCGUUAGAAUCUAUCAUACCACGUACUGGUAGUCUUGAUAGUGAAAUGGAUGCUGAGAUUCUGAGUCAUGGACAACGACAAAUUUUUUGUCUUGCGCGGGCGAUUGUGAGACCGGCGAGGAUUUUAAUUAUGGAUGAGGCUACUAGCAAGUAUGUUGUAUAUUCAUAUCCACAUCUAUCUUCACAGACAGCCAAACACCCAACCCACACCCCCAUCCCAUCUCCCUCAACCCCAAAAACUCCAAAGUCACAACGAACACCCCCUCCCCGCUCCGCCCCAAAAAGCGUAGACCAAAAAACCGACGCCCUAAUGCAAAAGUUCAUCCGAGAAGUCUUCCACAACUGCACCAUCAUAGCCGUCGCCUAGCGCUUAAACACCAUUCUCGAUUUCGACCGCGUAGCUCUAUUCCAUUAGGGUGGAUUAAUUGAAUGUGAUGUGAUGCUCCGGGGAACUUUGCUCGCGCGGCCUGCCUUCUUCGGGGUUUGGGGGGUUGUUUGAGGAUUUGUAGUUGAAUUAUUAGGUUGUUGGU